UGUAACACUUUUUGGCAGAGGGAGGGGAGGGGAUGGUUUUUGGCAGUAAUCAGGGUUGCCAUCAAACGGAUACUGACUGAGGCACAGGGGAGAAAGCGGGAUAGGAAAAUAUCUUGCUAUAAUUUCACAAUAAAGCGGGUCUACCCAGAGUCCUGAUGUGAUCAUCAUCCCUGAACAGAAACAUUAGCCUGACCCGAAGUCAGUCCUCAACCAACCGUGGACAAUCUGGAUUGGAUAUCAAAGAUAAUCCGUCCUUAUCCCCGUUAUCUGCCUGCACUGGUUUUACACCCCAGACCUGGUACCAUAGAUAUUUUCACCCUAGUCUGGCAGCUAGACUGCUCCACUAUACCCUGAUGAAUGAAGACCCCAUUCGGGAAGAGUGCGCCCGGCCAGAGAUCCAGAGCCGAUGCAGGACACACAGGUGUUUCUUCAAACAUGAAGAAAAAGGACUCCCACAAGAAACACAAGAACAGCAUGGGCCCCAACAAGGUGGUGUCGUCGUCUGCGCCCCGCCGGAACAUGGUGGGCUGUCGUAUCCAGCACAUCUGGAAGGAGGGGAGCACUGCGUCUCAGUCGCUGUGGAAAGGCAUGGUGCUGGACCAGGUGCCCGUCAACCCCUCGCUUUACCUCAUCAAGUACGACGGCUUUGACUGUGUCUACGGCCUGGAGCUACAUAAAGAUGAGAGGGUGCAGGGACUUGAGGUGCUCCCUGACCGUCAAGCCUCCACGCGCGCCAGCGACGUCAACCUGGCUGACACGAUGAUAGGGAAGGCUGUAGAGCAUAUGUUUGAGACGGAGGACGGGACUAAAGACGAGUGGAGGGGCAUGGUUCUGGCCCGAGCCCCCAUCAUGAACACCUGGUUCUUCAUCACAUACGAGAAAGACCCCGUUCUGUACAUGUACCAGCUCCUAGACGACUACAAGGAGGGAGACCUGAGGAUCAUGCCUGACUCCAAUGACACUCCGCCUGCAGAGCGGGAGCCAGGGGAGGUAGUGGACAGUCUGGUAGGGAAACAGGUAGAGUACGCCAAAGAGGACGGCUCCAAACGAACUGGCAUGGUUAUCCACCAGGUGGAUGCCAAACCCUCAGUCUACUUCAUCAAGUUCGACGACGACUUCCACAUCUACGUCUACGACCUUGUCAAGACCUCCUAAGGCGACCUUUUACCCUUUGACCUUUUCACACUACUGAGCCGAAUCGAGCUGUACUGGUCUGGCCUGGUUACACGUACAUCCACCAUGGCUGAAAAGACUAUGCGAAAAUAUGUUCGAGGUGGUACAGUUUGGUUCACGUCGGCACGGUAGUGUGAAAAGGGCACUGGGUCUCUGGGCCUAGAAGACAGGAGGUCUGUCUGGGGAGUUAAUGAUGGAUGCAGAAAAGACGAUGGUCAUCAUCACCAUAUGGAACCUUACCUUAUCCACCAACUUUUCUUAAAUAUAUCUCGAACGUUUCGUGCAACAGCUUCUUUGAGAUGCGACAGAUGGACAGCUAGAUUGGAUAUUUCACUGAAGCCUUUGGAUUGCUACUAAAGCAUCUCGUGUUCUAGAAUCUAGUCAGAAGAGAGAGAGGGGAGGGGUCACUGUGCAACUGAGUUAUUGGCCACUUGAAUGGCUGAGAAGACUAUUUGUUUCUGCAACUGGCUGUCCCCUAUCAGAGUAAAGAUCUGAAGGAUUUGUUACAUAGAUCCCUUUGUAAGGGGAGGGACGGGAAAAAGAUAUCAGCGUUAUUUGAACACUGCAUAUUUAGUGCGACCUUUAAAGUGAAUUACUAUCUGGGUUUGUUUCCAUCUCAGAGAAUUGUUCAACCCUUGACUAUGAUUAUAUUUGUUUGUUUGUAAUGUUAAAAGAUACACAACAACAUAUGCAGUGAGCAAAGGCAUUUGUUGAAGUUUUGUGAGGGACAUGACCAUUGUUUUAAUUCAAAUGUUUCUUUGUUUUUUUUCCAAUAACUUUUUCAUGUAUGUUCAUAUAUAAUGAUAGUUAAAUACUGAUGCCGAUAUUUGCAGUUUUAUCUGAAGCACUAAUUUCAAAGAAUCCACUCAGAAAACAUUUACGCAGUUGUCUUUAUAAGUUUUGCCUUUUAAUAAUAAUUAUAUGUUGAUCAUUCUCAACAAACACUAUUCAGAAUGGUUGACCAGUGAGAACGUUAAUCUGUAGUCCUGAGACUGAGUUUUGUUCAUUAGGCCUUGCCAAAGCCCUCGACCCUUAUCAUUCAUUAUCCAAUCAUAAUAACAGCAAUAAUUAUUAUAAUUAUUCAGAUAAUACUUAUGUUUGUUAUUAUCGUUCCUGUAGUCAUAUGUUUACCUUUUGGGGGGGGCAUAGUUUAUAUUUUUGUUUAUUUUUUACUUUCAUUGUUAUAUGUUAUUUAGAGACAUCUUCUUCACCUCUGUCUUUGUGUUAAACAGACUUUCUGUUUAAUUGGCAUAGUAACCUUUUAGUAAACUGUUUUAUCAUGCCUUUAAAAAAAAAUAAAGACAGUAUGGUGAAAGCACUGCAAAGUAUUUGGAAACUAAAACUUCAAACCAGCUCCUCAAAAGGGUUCUAAAUUCAGCAGUACCACUACAACAAUACUAAAGUGUUCUAAAUUCAGCAGUACCACUACAACAAUACUAAAGUGUUUCUAAAUUCAGCAGUACCACCACAACAAUACUAAAGUGUUCUAAAUUCAGCAGUACCACCACAACAAUACUAAAGUGUUCUAAAUUCAGCAGUACCACCACAACAAUACUAAAGUGUUCUAAAUUCAGCAGUACCACUACAACAAUACUAAAGUGUUCUAAAUUCAGCAGUACCACUACAACAAUACUAAAGUGUUCUAAAUUCAGCAGUACCACUACAACAAUACUAAAGUGUUUCUAAAUUCAGCAGUACCACCACAACAAUACUAAAGUGUUCUAAAUUCAGCAGUACCACCACAACAAUACUAAAGUGUUCUAAAUUCAGCAGUACCACCACAACAAUACUAAAGUGUUCUAAAUUCAGCAGUACCACCACAACAAUACUAAAGUGUUCUAAAUUCAGCAGUACCACCACAACAAUACUAAAGUGUUCUAAAUUCAGCAGUACCACCACAACAAUACUAAAGUGUUCUAAAUUCAGCAGUACCACCACAACAAUACUAAAGUGUUCUAAAUUCAGCAGUACCACCACAACAAUACUAAAGUGUUCUAAAUUCAGCAGUACCACCACAACAAUACUAAAGUGUUCUAAAUUCAGCAGUACCACCACAACAAUACUAAAGUGUUCUAAAUUCAGCAGUACCACCACAACAAUACUAAAGUGUUUCUAAAGUCUUCACACAACUGUUAAUUCACAACAAGUAUUCAAAGCUUUAAAAGCAACACCCACUUUAUAGAGUGCAUGUAAUAUUGUAGUCAAGGAAAGGUUACUAGCCUCAAUUAGACCUUUAUUUGCCAUAUUUUGUUGAGAUGAGUUGUUUCCCGCCAUUAUUUAAAACUGUAGUUUUAAAUAAUGUAGUUAAAAUGUGAUAGCCGUUUCUGGCUUUCUCUGUGUGUGGGCGGGUGUGUGACAAAACAACAUUCACCAGAUGCCCCUAGUAGGCCCCUUUGGAAUGUUACAAUGGUUGUCAGAGAAACAGUGGGCUACUGAGCACUCUAGAACCUCUGACAUACAGAUGUUGUUAAUUACUGUAGUAACAUUUAGUGUUCAUGUGACUGUAACCCCUCCUUUACACUCCUCUGCCUUACUACUCUUUCUCCAUGCCCUUCUUGACCUUUUAGCAGUGUUUAUUCCCAGUCUCUGAAGAGGUAGUAUAGUCCUGAUAUUUUCAUUAGCCUGUGUAGUAACAGAACAGAUGUGACUGAUUUGCGAUUAGAUAAACCACUGCAUCUCCAGCUGAAGUGCCUGCAGAGACAUAUAAAGCCCAUUAGUUUUUAUUUUUACAUUUUAUAACUGUUUUUCUUUCUUUGACUGUAUGGCUGAAUGGUAGCUUUAGAAAUGAAAACCUGAGAGAUUAUGUGUAUCGGUUAUAAUGAGGCUCAUAAUUUGAAGACCCCAUAAGGUACCGUAUACACCUCUGUAUCUAAGAAAAUAAACACAAGUGUCUUAUGUAUCCUGUUGUAUUCCAAACCGAAAACUGACUUGUGUUUUAUGCAAGAUGUCACCUUCAGGAAAAUAAUUGAAAGUGUUUGAUGGCUUGGCAUUUCACACUGUGUUUGAUGUUGGUUCAUUUUGGGAUAAAAAAAAAUUAAAAAGAGAA